UCAGAUUCGCUGGUUGUGCACGUAAAUUAUUAACGUAAGCAAGUCGUAGAUACAUAUACUAUUCGUCGUACGACCGACCGACCGGCCAUGAUGCAGCCGCAAUUGCUGCACGGAAAGCUGGUUGCGACGGUGUAUGGGCUUGAUAGGAAGAUUUCGAGUGAUUCCUGCGGUUGCACUGGCGGCGGCGGCGGCUCUGCCCAGAGUGCUUCUACUCAAUCGUGGAGCGCAUACGUUCUAAACAUAAUCAAGAGAUUCUUAUUAUGCCGCUCUGAGGUAAAUGGCAUCUAUGCGACCAUUGAUCUGGACACGGCGAGAGUAGGGCGAACCCAAGUCAUCAGUGCUACUAAUUCCGGUCCCAAAUGGAACCAAAAUUUUGACAUCUACUGUGCCCACAAAAUAUCCAACAUCAUUUUCACCGUCAAAUUCGACGACGCCGUCGAUGCAUCGCUCAUCGGCCGAGCCCGCCUCCCGGUGGAGGAACUUUUGUCCACAAAUAAGGCGGCGAAGGAGAUUGACAAAUCAAUUCCCAUACUCGAUAAAAACGGCCGUCGCAUUCCCGGCAAAGCUAUGAUCCACGUCAAAUUCCAGUUCUUCAGCGUGAAAAGGGACGAGCACUGGUCUAAAGGGAUCCAAAUCCGACCCGAUUAUGACUUCCGGGGCGUACCCAACACCUAUUUUGCCCAGAGAGAGAAUUGCAGAGUCACCCUUUACGCCGACGCCCAUGUCCCGCAUUACGAUGACGUCAAUUUCUCUGUUUUCACCCCUUUUCACCAUCGCCGGUAUCAAUGGCAGGAACCCGCCCGGCGGUGCUGGGAAGACAUUUCCCACGCCAUCGUUAACGCCCAACACUUUAUUUACAUAGCGGGUUGGUCCAUCUACGUCAAAAUCAGGCUGGUUAGACCCGACCCGGCCAGAUCUCAGGCUCUCCCCGGCCAGGACAUGAUUCUCGGCGAUCUGCUGAAGAAGAAAGCCGGCGAGGGCGUUAGGGUUCUUCUCCUGGUUUGGGACGACAGGACAUCUAGUGAGUAUAUCCACAGAGUUGGGGUGAUGGCAACUCAUGACGAAGAUACCCGCAAAUUCUUCGCUAAUACCGCUGUAGAAUGUGUUCUGUGCCCCCGGAAUGCCGACGCCGGCAGCGAGCUUCUCCAGGACAUUGAGGCUACGACGAGGACAACGCUCUUCACUCACCAUCAGAAGACGGUGAUUGCCGAUUGCGAGCUUCAGGGCGGGUCCGACGGGAAACGAUCGAUUGUGAGUUUCCUCGGCGGGAUCGAUCUCUGCGACGGCCGGUAUGACACCAGGGAGCAUUCUGUGUUUAGGAAGUUAGACAAGGAGGAUUUCCACCAGCCGAAUUUCCCUGGCGCGUCAUUCGUGAAAGGCGGGCCGAGGGAGCCAUGGCACGACAUCCAUUGCAGGCUGGAAGGGCAAGCUUCAUGGGACGUCCUCUUCAAUUUCGAACAGAGAUGGAUGACACUCAAAGGCCGGACCGCCAUUUUCUCCAAAAAGGAACUCGAGGAUCGGAACAUUAUUCAACCACAGCAUUUAACCGUGUCGGAUGAUACUGAGAGGUGGAAGGUUCAGAUCUUCCGUUCUAUUGACGGGAAUGACGCGGCGGGUUUUCCGAGGGACCCGAUCAAGGCAAAAGAAUUGGGGUUGGUAACGGGUAAAACCCAUGUUAUUGAUAGGAGCAUUCAGGAUGCAUACAUAAACGCCAUCCGCCGGGCCAAGAACUUCAUCUACAUUGAAAACCAGUACUUCCUGGGAAGCUCAUAUGGCUGGAAUGAUGGAUCAGGGAUCAAACUGGAGGACAUUGGCGCCAUACACUUGAUCCCCAAGGAGCUCUCUUUGAAGAUUGUCAGCAAGAUUGCGGCGGGGGAGAGGUUCACCGUGUACGUCGUGAUCCCGAUGUGGCCGGAGGGAGAGCCGGGGAGCGAAUCAGUGCAGGCGAUUCUUGAUUGGCAAAGGAGAACGAUGGAGAUGAUGUAUGUUGAUAUAGCUAAUGCUUUAAAGGCGGCCAACCUCUCUGCGGAUCCGAGAGAAUACUUGACGUUCUUUUGCCUGGGAAAUCGCGAAGUAAAAGGCUCCGAUGAGAUUACACCUCCGGAGAAGCCCAGCCCCGGCUCCGAUUACGCCAGAGCUCAAGAAUUCCGGCGCUUCAUGAUAUAUGUCCACUCCAAAAUGAUGAUUGUUGAUGAUGAGUACAUAAUAAUUGGAUCGGCUAACAUCAACCAGCGUUCAAUGGAUGGUGCACGGGACUCGGAAAUUGCGAUGGGAGGGUACCAACCAAUGCACCUAGCACACGACAACCAACGCGCCAUGGGGAAGAUAUUCGGUUUCAGAAUGACCUUAUGGGGUGAGCACAUGAACAAAAUGGAGAACUUGUUUUUUCACCCUGAAAGUGUAGAGUGUGUUAAGAGAGUAAAUGAAAUAGCCGAGGAGAAUUGGAGAUUGUAUAUAAGUGAAGAGCUUCAACAAGAUCUUCCAGGCCAUCUUCUUACCUACCCUAUACAAGUUUCAGAAAAUGGAAAUAUCCAGGCUCGUGUGGAAUAUUUCCCAGACACCAAAGCUCGAGUCCUUGGAACCAAAGCUCGGUUUCUGCAACCAAUCCUCACUACUUGAUAGUCUGAUUUUCAUGUUUGAUUUCAUAUAUUGCCAACUCAUGAUGAUGAUGAUGAUGAUGAUGAUGUACAUUUAUAUAAAUUGUUUUAUCAUUGCUAAUACUUUGAGAUGAUAUAUAAUUAUGAUCUACUAGUACAUUAGCUGUUAAUAAUAAGCAAUGUGUCGCGAGAGAAGUGUGUCAUAACUUCAAUUAGGGUUUACAUAGUAUGAUUCCUAAAAUGUAUUCAGUCUAAAUGAUAGUA